AUGCACGGAAUUAGGAAUGGCGUUUUCCUGGCAGUGCUAGCCUUAAGUUUAUUCGGAUGCAUUACGCCACCAACGGAUGCGGCCCGAAUUCUUGGCAUAUUACCUUCCGACGGACGAUCCCAUUACAUCAUUGGUGCUGGUCUAAUGAGAGCAUUACUUCACGCAGGUCACGAUGUGACCAUCGUGAGUCCGUAUGCUACGCCGGAUACACCACCUGGCCGUCACCGUGACAUUCUACUGCCAGAGUUAGGCGAACCGCUGGAUGAAGCCAAACAGAAUCACUUCGAACUCAAGAACUCAUCGAACCUGAUGGUGUUAUAUAUGGUGUACAAUGAGUGUGGACCUCUGCCCUCGCAAGCCAUCCUGAACCAUCCAAAGAUGAUUGAGCUGAUGGAAUCCGGUGAACGGUUUGAUGCGGUCAUCGUAGAGUCAUUCGCAACUGAGGUACUUUACGGAUUGGCGGAACAUUUUGGUGGCCAUCUGAUCGUGUUCGCUACAUUCGGUGCAUCAAUGUGGACAAGCGAACUCGUCGGUACACCGUACCCGUACUCGUACAUACCGCACACCUUCCUUAGCUUUACGAACGAAAUGUCCUUCUGGCAGCGCUUUGCGAACGCGGUGGUGGGACAUGUCGACAAGCUGUACUAUCGCUGCGUGUUUCUUCCCAAACAAGAAGCCAUGUUUCAACGGUACUUCCCGAACGCGAAGCUCACCUUCCAACAGACGCUUGAAAGUGUCCGGUUGGUGUUCGUUAAUCAACACUUCAGUCUCAGCUAUCCACAUCCGUAUGCUCCGAACAUGGUUGAGAUCGGAGGCAUACAGAUUCAACCGCCAAAGAAACUUCCUGUUGACAUCCAACAGUACCUGGACGAAUCUUCCGAAGGUGUUAUCUACUUCUCGAUGGGUUCUAUUCUUAAGGGACGAAACUUCCCGGAAGAAAAACGUGCCGCUUUCGUAAAUGUGUUCCGUGGACUGAAGGAGAACGUAAUCUGGAAGUACGAGAACGAUAGUCUUCCGGACAAACCGCCAAAUGUGCUGAUCAAGUCGUGGAUGCCACAAAGCGACAUUCUUGCUCAUCCGAAGGUGAAACUGUUUAUCACACACGGUGGCCUGCUCGGGACUACCGAGGGACUUUACCACGGUGUACCAAUGGUCGGUAUUCCAAUAUUUGGAGAUCAGGAGCUCAAUUUGGCUCGUGCAGAGCACGCCGGGUAUGGUGUGAAGCUUGCCUACGAGACACUGAACGAGGAGACGAUCUCGGCCGCCAUCCAGAAGGUGCUCACUGAUCCUUCUUUUACCGAGCGUGCCAAACUCAUAUCCGAACGCUACCGUGAUCAACCGCUCGGACCGGCCAAAACUGCGGUCUACUGGGUUGAGUACGUAUUGCGUCACGGUGGUGCUCCACAGCUUCAAUCCCCGUCCGUACGGUUGUCCUUCAUCGAAUACAAUUUGCUGGACGUAUACGCAGUGAUGGUCGCGAUUGCCUUAUCAGUGUUAAUUGGCAUGGGUGCGGCAUUCAAGGCACUGCUGAGACGUUUGGGAAUCGUCAAACGAGUGCUCCAUGAUAGUAAAGGAAGCAAGAAACGUCAAUAA